AUGACAGUAGAAUCAUUAAAAAGAAAGAAAAGUAGUAAUAGUAAUACAAAAGUGAAGAGAACAGCAUUAGACAACAAGAUGUUGGCUUUUGCUGUUGAAGAUCUUUUAACCUAUGGAGUUACUGAUGAUAUUUGUAAAAAAUAUAAUAUAUCAAAGUCAUCUGGAUACAGAUAUGCUAGACAGUUCAUAGAAACUGGUGACAUUAGAGAGUUGUACACAGCACAAGAAGAUAUAUCAAGAAACACACCCAUUAUCAUUAAUGAUAGAUACACCUAUGCAAAUCUACUUCUGAAGCAAGGAAAGAGACCAGAUCCAGAUCAUAUCAUCUACUACGAUGUUACCUACUUUGAAACCAAUUUGGUAGCUAGGAAAGGUAGAGCACCAAAAGGUAAACCUGUUGUUAAUCGCAAAGGUCACAGAGGUUUCUACGUUAAGAUGCCAACAGGAAUGAAACAGACAGGAAUGAAAAGAAAAACAACUGAGGCAGAAGCAGAAGCAGAAGAAGAAGAAGAGGAAUAUCAAGAUACUGAGGAUAUAGAACAAGAGAAGGAAGAAGAUGAAGAUGAUGGUGAGCAAGAAAGUGGAGAAAUAGAGGAAAAGUUUGACUAUGUUAAUGGAAUCCCAUUUACAAAGAAACCAACAACUAGAGGUGGCAAAGCUGAAACGAUUGCAGUGGUUUGUGCUCUAAAUGUUAGAGGUGGUCAAUAUCGUACAAUCGGUGAUCUGUUGACAGCCAUUGGCAAUUCAUUCAAAAAGAUCCAACCAGAGAAUCUAGAGAACUAUCACAAAACAGUGGAACACUAUCUUUAUUUAUCGUUGGAUAAAUUGCCAAUCCACAGUUGGAGAGUCACCCUGGAUAACAAAGUUAAAGUUCCUUUGGAUCCACCUGAACGACAAUGGGAUUAUGCACAUCAGACUAUUUUCAUGGCAGAGAAAGAGCGAUUAGACACACCACUUGCAAAAGAUGAUGAUAAGAAUCAGCCAAAAGAAUCAAAGAACUUCAUGUUGGAAAAUGGUCAAAAGGUAUUCAUUUAUAAACAAAAUGAAGAACCAACAAGCUACUCUGUUACAACCAAAAAUAAGACCACUGCUAAGAAACCAACCAAGACAACUAAGAGACUACCAAAAAAACUAAAGAAAUCAACCAAAACAACAAAGAAAUCAACUUAA